AUCAAAAACACAUCAAUCAAAACACUUCGAUCAGGCGCUGGCGUGUGUUCGCUUCAGUUCUCGUCUGCCAAAACAAUAAAAUGAUCAAUAGAAAUUGAGAAAAAGUGAAAAUUGAGAAUAAUAAGAUGGCACGAACGACGAUGCUAACGCCGUCGCUGCUUCCUGACGACUGGCGGGGUCGUCGUCAAUGACCCGGAAGCGUCCGACCGACCCAGAGACCCUCUGCCUAAAAUUAUUUGAACGCCAUAUUGAAAUUCCUAGCGUAUUGCGCAAGGAGAAUAGUUUGGGCCCGAGGUCCCUCAGUGUUAUCAAUAUGGCGGAUCCGCUGAGUAUCCUCCGCCAAUAUAAUGUCAAUAAAAAGGAGAUAAUUACCAAAGGUGACAACAUAAUCUUCGGAGAAUUCUCAUGGCCGAAGACUGUGAAGACUAAUUACUUGGUUUACGGUUCUGGUAAAGAUGGAGCUCCCAAGGAUUACUACACUCUGGAAUGUCUGCUCUUCCUUCUCAAGCAUGUCAGCCUUACACAUCCUUCAUAUGUCCGAAAGGCCGCCGCCGAGAAUAUCCAUUGGGUACGUCGACCAGAUCGUAAAGAACUUUUGGCCUACCUGAAUGGAGAAACGUCAACAUCUACAGCUAUUGAUAAAUCUGCACCUUUGGAAAGUCCCACACAGGUCCUUGUCCGAAGGAAAGUCAAUUGAAAAAGUUGCAGGGCGUUGUGUAGAAUUGAAUGAGUGGUUGACCACCUGCAGUGAGAGAGUUUCUUCCCGUACAAAGACAGAAGAGACUUGUUCUGAGGAAGCUCUGAUUACCUGCAUUGUGAUGAUCACUGUUUGACCAAAACAUCAUUCCAGGAGCUGAAGUGAACGAAGAUCAUGAAAAUGUAACAUUCGGUAAAAGUAAGAUUGAUAAGUGAUGCUGCAAUAUGAAGUGGCUCAAGGAUUUUUCUUGGAGUCAUUAUACUUCAAUUGGACCAGCUAAUUUAAUUUGCAAGAAAGAGUUGUAAAUGUUUGUAAAUGUGGCUGUUAAAGCCAAAAGUAUCAUCUCCAUGCUAAAAAUAAAACAUUUCUUACA